AACAAUAUAAAUGUGGUUGGAGUGGGUUAGUCUCCUUCCUCAUUCCUGAAUUCUGAAGUGAAGUAAGAGGUUCAUUUUAAAGUUGAGAGAGAAAGUAUGUUAAACUGCCAACACCCAAAGUAUGGCUUCAUGGUGAACAAAAGCUUCCGACUUUCAUCUAUGGAGAAUGAAGCAUCUUUCUUUCUAACCUCAUAACUACUGCAAAUAGCUAUGACGAUGAAAAAUGGCGCAGCUGCAGCCAAGUCUUUUGAAAGUUGGGCCCAAGGCAUAUACAUUUGCCGCCAACUCGCCAGCCGUUAUGCGGCCCACCUUCAACUCUGCUCCUCAAACAUUCACACCCCUGCUGCGUCUUCUCUUGCUACAGCCAUCCAUGCCAACAUGAUCACCUCCGGCUUCAAGCCCCGUGCACACAUCCUCAACCGCCUCAUCGAUAUCUACUGCAAGUCCUCCAACCUCUCCUACGCACGCCACCUGUUCGACGAAAUUCCCCAGCCGGAUAUUGUUGCUAGAACCACCAUGCUUGCUGCGUAUUCUGCUUCCGGGGACCCCAACCUCGCUGCAGAGAUUUUUGAUAGAACCCCUUUAAGCAUGCGCGACACUGUUUUCUAUAACGCUAGGAUCACGGCCCAUUCGCAUCAAGAUGACGGCCAUGCUGCCAUACAAGUCUUCAAUGAUAUGAAAAGAAACAACUUUCAGCCUGACCAGUACACAUACACUAGCGUGCUUGCAGCCUUGGCACUUAUAGCCGAUCGCGAAUUGCACUGCCAGCAGCUACAUUGUGCUGUUAUCAAGUCCGGGACUGGGACGAUUACGUCUGUACAGAAUGCCCUUUUGUCAGUGUACGUUAGGUGCGCAUCUUCACCCUUUGUAUCUUCGUUGCUUUUAAUGGAAUCGGCUAGGAAGUUAUUUGAUGAGAUGAGCAAGAGGGAUGAAUUGUCAUGGACAACAAUCAUUGUGGGUUUUAUAAGGAAUGAUAAUGUUGAUGCUGCACGAAAAGUGUUUGAUGGGAUGGAUGAGAAGUUAGUUGUGGCAUGGAAUGCGAUGAUUUCAGGGUAUGUGCAUAAGGGUUUAGUCUCUGAAGCGUUUCAACUUUGUAGACAAAUGUACUUGCUAGGAAUUAAACUGGAUGGAUUUACAUAUUCAAAUGUCCUUAGUGCCUGUGCUGAUGCUGGAUUCUUUCUCCAUGGAAAGCAGGUGCAUGGUUACAUAGUAAGGACCGAAACAACACCUAUGGAGCAUGCUCAUGUGUCGGUAAAUAAUGCUUUGAUUACAUUGUAUUGGAAAUGCAGUGGAGUUGAUGAUGCUGGGAAAAUUUUUGAUCAGAUGAUCACUAAGGACCUGAUCUCAUGGAAUACGAUUUUGUCUGCAUAUGUGAGUGCUGGACGGAUUAAUGAAGCUAAAUUGUUUUUUUCCGAGAUGCCAGAGAAGAACUCCUUAACAUGGACAGUGAUGAUAUCUGGAUGCUCACAAAAUGGGCUUGGGGAAGAAGGUAUAAGGCUAUUCAACCAAAUGAAAUUAAAUGGGUUUGAGCCAAGUGACUAUGCUUUUGCAGGAGCCAUUGCAUCUUGUUCAGUGCUUGCUGCGCUAGAAACUGGACGCCAGCUCCAUGCUCAGAUUAUACGAUGUGGAUUUGAUUCAAGCCUCUCUGCUGGAAAUGCGUUAAUUACAUUCUAUGGAAGAUGUGGAGACAUUGAUUCUGCACAGUGUCUGUUUCUUCGAAUGCCAUUUCUCGAUUCUGUGUCUUGGAAUGCAAUGAUUGCAGCCUUGGGGCAGCAUGGACAUGGUGCUCGUGCUAUAGAACUCUUUGAAGAGAUGUUGGAAGAACGUAUAUCUCCUGACAGAAUAAGCUUUCUUACAGUCCUAUCUGCUUGUAGUCAUGCCGGGUUAGUUAAAGAAGGACAACAUUAUUUUGAUUUAAUGCAUAGAGUGUAUGGCAUAAGCCCAGGAGAAGAUCACUAUUCUCGCUUAAUUGAUUUGUUGUCUCGAGCUGGAAGGUUCUCAGAAGCUACGAAUGUGAUCCAGACUAUGCCCUAUAAGCCUGGGGCACCCAUUUGGGAAGCUCUUCUUUCUGGUUGUCGACUUCAUGGAAACAUCGAGUUGGCAGUGCAAGCUGCAGAUCAACUCUUUGACCUAGUUCCACAAAAUGAUGGAAGCUACAUACUUAUGGCAAACAUGUUUUCUUCUGCAGGCAGAUGGAGUGAUGCUGCCAAUGUACGGAAAUUAAUGAGGGAACGAGGGGUCAAGAAGGAACCUGGGUGUAGUUGGAUUGAAGUUGAAAACAAGGUCCACGUGUUCUUGGUGGAUGAUACUAGGCACCCUGAAAUCCAAGCGGUUUACAACUAUCUGGAGGAAUUAGCAGUAAAGAUGAGGAAAGCUGGAUAUAUUCCAGAUACGAAGUAUGUGUUACAGGAUAUGGAAACCGAACAAAAGGAGUAUGCUUUGUCAACUCAUAGCGAAAAGCUCGCUGUUGUGUUUGGGCUCUUGAAGCUACCUCAUGGUGCCACGAUUAGGGUCUUCAAGAACCUUCGGAUAUGUGGGGACUGUCAUAAUGCAUUUAAGUUCAUGUCAAAGGUAGAGGCAAGAGAGAUUAUUGUGAGAGAUGGAAAGAGAUUUCAUCACUUCAGGGAUGGUGAGUGCUCAUGUGGUAAUUACUGGUGAGUGUUGAGCAAUCCAACUAUCAGCUUAGGCUUUUAGUUGAGAUGGAGCACAUGCUUCAAUCACUCAGCGCCACCCGUACGCGACUACGGUCCACGUGAUCCAACUAAAUCGCAGUGCCUGAAUAUGAAUGAGAAUAUUCGACUUAGGGACAGGCCGACUUGGCGGUGAGCUCUACUAUUGUUUAAGAUUCAACUCAAUUCCAUUUGCAUUCAUUUAGAAUCAGUUUCUCUGUUGUGAUUUUGGUUUACACAGUUUAAAUUCAACCAAGAAUUUGGUAUUCUGAACUUGGAAAAGCUGAAAUUUGCCCUUCCAGAGGACACCAUUUGCAUCUUUUCACCUAUUUGCAGAAUCCAGAGAAAGAUGCAGAGUAGAGGACACUACACUUAACAGACUGAAGAGAUGCUAAAAAUAUGUGAAGAAAGACUACACCUUGGCCGGCCUUCUAACUAUAGACAAAGGAAU